AUGGCGAACGCGAACGGGUGGCGGAGGGUGGCGCGGGUGGUGUUGGAAGGCCUCGACCAAGUUGUCGGCACCCCGGAAGAAACCACCAGUCUGAUCGACCCCGCCAUCGCCAAGUUCGAGGCGCAAGUCCAGCUACUGCGCGCGAUCCGCUGCGGCGCCAGCAUCGAGGAGGCAACCGCAGGCUACGUCGACCCGGCUCCCGACGGGGUCAGCCCCACCACGCUCCUCGAGGACGCCCGGCGCAACAUCCAGCGCCGCCGCUCGCUCCACGGCUUGGCCUGCGGCGUCCCCCUCUGCGCCAACAAACUGGGCCUGGGACCCAACGAGGCAUGGAGGGAGAUAUGGGAGAGCUGCAACCGCACCGCGCUCCGCUUCACCCGCCGCAUGGAGGAAUGCCUCCGCAACGCCGCGUCCUUGUACAUGGCGGCCCGGGACGCCAUCGACCUCGCCUCGGUUCUCCCGAUCGGGGCCCCGCUCCGCGUCGCCUGGAUGGAGGCGGCCGAGCUGCUCACAGUCGACGCCGUCAGGGAGGCCAGGGCGUUGCACAACCGCGUGGUCUUGAUGCGGCAAAUCCUUCUUCUGCAGUCCAGGAUCUCCACGCACAUACUGCAGCCUGCGCUAUGAGGAAUUCGCAACCAAGUCGAUCGCCAGUAAGCCUCUGUUUUCCGUUCCUUCCUGCAUUCCUGCGCCCCGAAGAUUUCCGCAUGAGCUUGUGCGGUUCGUUAUCGUUUCUGGAUGCUAGCAGUACGGUGUGUGGGACUCGAACCUCUUGAUGCAUGAGUUGCCGUGUCAGAUGAACACGUCUAUGCUUCUUCUAGCACUACGUACAUUGGUUGUUAUAGUUGUAACCUUGUAGUUGUAGGUGAUCUGUGCUCUAGAAUGUCUGGCAUUCAUCUGGUGCAAUCCGGUUUGUCCACCGUCAGACUCUCUGGCUGAUCAAUGCAAUGCGAACGUGAACAUGUUGCUGCUCGGACGUUUCUUGUUGAAUCUUGAAUUUGGGUGAUAUUCUGCUGUGUUGCACGUUUAAUUUGGCCAAAGAAAUGUAAAUGCGCUUGAUCGUCUACAUGUGUUCCUAUCUAAACUUUCAGUUGAUUAAGGCAUGAUAACUAUUGAGAACAUUUUUUA